GGAGGGGAGCGGGGCUCUGCCGUCUGCGGGCUGUGACAGAGGGAGCGGCCGCCGCCGCCUCAGCCGCUCUGCCUUCCCCCGCCUGCGGGGCCGCUUGUAACCCCCUCCCGCCGCCCGCCGCACUCUGCUUCCUACUGCGCUCGGGGAGAAGCGGGCGAGGCAGCCAUGGGGAGGCAGCUGCUGCUGCUGCUACUCGGCGGGCUCGGCCCCCUGCUCGCCAGCUCCGCGCCGGCGAACGACACCACUUCCUGGAAUGGCACACACCGGAUAAGAACCUUUGCAUCUUAUCACAAAGAUGACACCUAUGAACCUAUACCUCUUCAAGACAUCGACAGUGAAACUGAAAGUGAUUCAGAAGUUGGAUCAGGAUUAAGCAGUUUAACUAAGCAUAAUCAGUCUAGAGCCAAUCAAACUAAAGCACAAACAAGAUUCAUCUCUCAUGAUGCUAAAAGAUACCUGACUAGUCAAUGGUUGACUCGUUUUGUUCCUUCAGUUUACACUUUAGUGGUUAUGCUGAGUCUCCCUCUGAACGUUACAGCAAUACUUGUGUUCCUGAUCAAAAUGAAAAUUAAAAAGCCAGCUAUAGUAUACAUGCUGAAUCUGGCCUCUGCAGAUGUAUUGUUUGUAAGUGUGCUUCCUUUUAAGAUCGCAUACCAUUUUUCUGGAAACAACUGGGUGUUUGGACCUGAAAUGUGUCGGCUCAUCACCGCUGCCUUCUACUGUAACAUGUACUGUUCGAUACUGCUGAUGACUGUUAUAAGCGUUGAUCGUUUCUUAGCCGUGGUGUAUCCUAUGCAAUCUCUCUCAUGGCGUACAUCAAUGCGUGCCUCGUUGAUCUGCUUUACCAUAUGGCUUAUAGCUAUAGUUGGUGUUAUACCCAUUCUCAUCACAGAGCAAACUAUGAAAAUAUCUGAGUUAAACAUUACAACCUGCCAUGAUGUGCUAAAAGAAUCUGAACUUAAGAGCUAUUACCGUAAUUUCUUCUCCAUUUUCUCUUCCAUUUUCUUUUUUGUGCCAUUAAUAAUUUCUGCUGUCUGUUAUAUGUGUAUCAUCCGAUGUCUUAUCUCUUCUAAUAUUGUUGCAAAACAAAGUAAGAAGACACGUGCUUUACUCUUGUCUGCAGCUGUUUUCUCUAUUUUUAUUAUUUGUUUUGGACCAACAAAUGUCCUUUUAUUAAUUCAUUACAUAUCUUUUCCUUACAACCACCAGUUAGAAUACAUCUAUUUUGCCUAUCUCCUCUGUGCUUGUAUCAGCAGUGUAAGCUGCUGCAUUGAUCCUUUGAUUUAUUACUAUGCUUCCUCUGAGUGUCAGAGACAGGUUGGCAAUCUCUUGUGCUGUAAAGAGAGUCCUGAACCUACCAGUAGUAGCAGCAGUGGUCAGUUAAUGGCUAGGACCAGUAGAAGGGAUACCUGCUCCAGUAAUGUGAGUAACAGUGUCUACAGGAAGUUGCUAACAUAAUGUUUUUGGAUAAAUGUACAUCAUACACUCUUUGAAGAUUUUUAUACAGCUUCAGUAAAAAUACCCUAUUAUAUCCAAGAAUUGCACAAUUUUGGGCAGAUUUUAACUGAGACAUAUAGUAGGGUAGAUUCAUUACAGUAAUACAUAAUUCUAAACACAGCACAGGAAUCUGUGUAUUUAUAUGUAUAUAGGUGAAGUGGGAGGAAGCAAUAUAAAGAACUUUUAUAAAAGCUGUUGGAUAUUAUUUUCAGAUAAAUCCAGGCAAACCCUUUUAAGAUUUGCAGUUCAGUCUAUUGUAAAAUUCUGUGAAAUAUUUCCUGUUUUAGCAUUUUAAACCCCCAAAAAUUGUUUCUGUACUUAUAAGUGAAAUGUAUCAAAUCAUCUCUCCAUUAUCUUAUGAAUGAAAUGAAAAUGGUUUACCAGCCAAGCUGUUUUUUCAAUGUCAUUAUUUGUAGGUUUAGCUAUACAAUUAAGUUUUUGAGCAUCAUUCUUCAUUUUUGGGGACCUCAAAUUGUGGAUUCUGCAUUUCUCCAAGUUUUACAUAGAAGUUUAUGAAGAGGAUUUUAACAAACAAAAGCCAGUUUUGGCAGCCGAGCUUGUCCGAUAAAAGAAUUCACAGCAGCUAGGACUACCUUUUUUCUCAUAGUUCUCACAUACUAUCACUGAACUUGCCAUUGGAAAAAACUCGUGUAGGGUUCCUGGUUUAGACCAUGCUACCAUUAGAGCAAAAUUUCUCCCAGGGUCAAUGUUAAUAUGCAUCCACAAAAAUUGGCACUUCAGAAUCAGCAUUUUCACAUGCUAUUGCUCUGUCUGUGUGCAUUACCAUGCAUUUGUACUCUUUUUAUAUCACUUUGCACCCACUGUUUUGCAACUUACAAAUGCAUUUUUCAUGUAUGCAAGUAGGCCUUAUCACUUAGAUGUUUGUCCUCUGUCCCACAUGAGAGCAAGUAUGAGCAGUUUUAAAAUAGUUCAUUUUAAGUUUGUUAUAAAUGUUUAGCUCCAGAGCCAGCCUCAUCCAGCAUGUAUAGCAUCAUUUUACUCUAAAGUGUUACUAUGUGCUUAUAGCACAAAAGUAACAGGACAUCUGUUCUGAAAAUGAACCAUAUAGAUAAUGGGACUUAAUUUGGUUUCUCUUUUCCAAUACAGUGACAAUGAGGUUCAUGUAAAUUUUGUAACUGCAGAUUGUCAAGAAACAGCAUUAGCUUGCCAUAUUCAGAGUGAAUAAAGUCCCCUGUCCUUUACAAAAGAGAGAGAAGAAAUUUAACCUUCCCGCAGGUACUGUAAAAAUGGCAAACUCCUGCCCAAACAUAAAUUAUUUUACCUUUUUUUUUCUUUUUGUGAUGGAGUUAAACUUGUUUGCUGCAAAUAUCGGGUGCUAGUCCUCGCCUGAUUGUUGAGUCUUAAAAGAUUUUACACACUUUGAAUAAGUGUGUGAGGUCCUGGGAGCAAUUAUAAUAACCUAUUUGUUCAAUUACCCUAUAUUUUUAAUGGAUUAUAUGUUAUGCUCAGAUUCCUUUUCAUUUGGGUUGAGUACUAAAUGCACACUUUUGCCACACAGCACAAGUUUAAAGCUUUAUGGCAUAUGGUAGAAUGUUCAGGUUACUAAAUAUGUAUAAGGAGGGAGAGGACAAAAAUACCACCGCCACUAGGAAAUCACAGGAAGCAGCUUGUUGAAGCUGACACACUCGGAACAAGUAUAUGCUCUUCCUGUUUCCAUGCUUGAGGAUGGGGAUUGCUUUUUCAUUUUACCAUGUGUUAACUGGACAUUUGUUUCAGUAUCCUAAUAUUUUGUUUGACACUGGUUUAUUUUUAGAAGUUCAGAAGUCUGUUUAGUCAGCUUCAGUAGGUGAAGUAAAUGCUGAAAGGGAAGGAAAUGUAUUUUGGAAAUGGCUUGUCAUCAUAAUGGGAAUUCUGUUUUCUUCCUUUCAGUCUGUCUUUGGGUAAAAUACACAUGAAACUAGACAUUUCCUUAAAUAACAGCAAUUCAAUUGUAUUUUACGACGCUGCAUGCUUUUCUAACAGUGUAGUUUUACAGACUUAAGUAAAAUCUGUAAAUAUUUAGCAUUUUUGUAUGUUAGCUUAUAAUUACCUGGAUUAAUCAAAUAGACUAAUCCAUAUUUUAUCACUUCAUGGAAAUCGUAAUAUAAUACAGGACAUAACUUUAAUUUUUUUAAUACUUUGGAACUUCAGUUACUUUGAACUAAUAAUAAACAUGUAAACUUCAUCUGAUGUGUGUGAUUGACUCUACAGUGCAACUAAGAUUUCUAUACAUGAGUCCAGCCAUGCAUUCUUUGAGCACCCAAAACGCCUUCUGACAUCUGUGAGGAUUUUGGGUGUGCAAGGAAUGUGGGAUUGGACCCUUUAUGGGUUUCCCAAAUAUAAACAUUACAGAACAAUCCUUUGGAGUUUCCUCAGCCCAGAGGUGUCUUUGUAUAAUGGAUCUACUACAUGUAUUGAAAUUCUGUCCUUAUAGGAUGAUACUGUACCUGUGAUCACAUUUUUUUAUUAGUGUUAUAUAAUGUUAUGGGUUCCAGUCCCAAACCAAUUCCUGGAUAUUUUAACUAACACUAGCAUGCUCAAGGAUUUAUUUUAACAAAACUGAAGUGCCCAUCCCACACAUGACAUGCUCUUACAUAGUUGUUUCAAUAUACAAACAUCACAGGGUGGAAUA